UAUUUACCGAGCGAGAGAGAGGUGGGAAAAAAGACGAUGGUAAUAUAAUCGUUCCUCUUCGUCUUAUCAAAGAGAAGAAAGAGAAACAUGUAAAUCUGUUGUACCUGCAAGAGUCAAGACGCGAUGAAAACAUCAUCGGUCAUUUCACAUAGAUUAAAAAUCUGUCACGAUUGAUAGGUUCGCAAUUGAGCAAGAAUACAAAGAAGUAUUUGUGUGAUAGAUGUCUACAUUAUUUUUAUACGAGCGAGAAGUUAUCGCUUCACAUCGUUAACUGUACUACGACGAAAGAUUGUGCUGUUAUUCUUCCGAAUGAGAAUGAUAAGUGAUUAUCGUUUCGCGGUCAUAAUAAGAAGGAACGACUUCUCUUUGUGGUGAUUUGGAAUGUAUAUUGGAGAAGAUCAACGAUGAAGACAUUUCGAGAUUCAUCUAUCAGCAUCACAAGGUUUUCAGCGUAGGGUAUUACACACGUUGUAUAUACGAUGAAACUAUGUCGAUAUACAAAUCUUAUCGCGGCGAAGAUUGCGUGUCGUGGUUUGUCAAGGAAUUAUACGAUUUGGCGCAUCGUGCGAAAACGAUAUUCGACAAGAAUGUGACUAUGGUGGAAUUUACAUCGAACGUCGAGUGAGAAAAAUUUCGAAACGCGACUCACUGUCAUAUUUGUGAAAGAUAUGAGGAAAAAGAUUUUUGCGUACGCGAUCACUGUCCUUUAACCGGACGUUAUAGAGGUCCUGCACAUUCACGUUGUAAUUUACAUUAUCAAGAUACAUACGUUAUUCCUGUAUUCUUUCAUAACUUGGCAGGUUACGACACAUUUUAUCAUAAAAGAUAUUGCUAAUAGUUUUGCGGGUAGAGUUGAUGUGUUACCUAUAACGAAAGAAAAUUAUAUAUCGUUUAUAAAACAUGUCAAGGAUACAGUAAACUUUAAGUGGGGAAUGGACUGUGUGAAAGUGCAUUUUGUGGAUUCGUUCAAAUUUCUCAAUACUAGUCUCGAAAAAUUUGUAUCAUAUCUCGAUAAGAGUAAAUUGAAAAUCAUACGAUCGGAAUUUUCCAAUCUUGACGCUGAGGAUUUCGAUUUGCUUAUGCGGAAAGGAGUGUUUCCGUACGAGUAUAUCGACAGCGUUAAUAAGCUAGACGAGACUAAUUUACCAUCGCGUGAGUUGUUUUACAGUUCGUUGACUGACGAGAUCGCUUUCGAUAACGAUUAUCAAUACGCGACAUAUGUUUGGCAACGUUUUUGCAUAGAGACUCUCGGCGAUUACAGUGAUUUGUAUCUCAAGACAGAUGUGCUUUUAUUAGCAGAUGUUUUUGAAAAUUUUCGUGAUACGUGUAUUGAGAGUUACGGAUUGGAUUCGACGUAUUAUUACACUUUACCGGGAUAUACGUGGGACGUUGAAAUAUACUAUGUUGAUAUUCGAUUCGAAUUACUCACCGACAUCGACAUUGUGAUGUUUGUGGAACGUGGUAUACGCGGUGGUUUAAGUCAAUGUUCACACAGAUACGCGCAAGCUAAUAACAAGUAUAAUACAUCUUCGUACGAUCCUUCGGAACUCUUGACGUACCUCAUGUAUUUCGAUGUGAAUAAUUUGUACGGUUGGGCGAUGUCCGAAUCCUUACCGUACGGAGAAUUUCAAUGGGUCGAUGACAUCAAGCGCUUUGACGUAAUGUCUGUGUCGUCAGAUUCCGUUGUCAUUAUGAAUACAUGAUACCAUUGUAUCGCGAUAAAUAUAAGAUUAUGUACACGGACAGCUUGAUCUUCUGGAGUGUGAGAAUGUAGAACACGAGAAUAUCAAGCGUGACAUCGCCAGAUUCGACACGAGUGAUUAUCCUGAGAGAAAUGCGUAUGAUGUUCCACGCGUUAAUAAUAAAAUACCCGGUUUGAUGAAAGAUGAAAAUGAUGGUGCGAUUAUGACGGAAUUCAUAGAACUCAGAGCGAAGAUGUACGCAUUGAGAGUGAUCGGAAAGAGCGAUAUGAAGAGAAUAAAGGGUAUCAAAAAAAAAAACGUAGUCGCGAAAACGAUCACUUUCAACGAUUAUGCGCGAUGUUUGAACGAUAUAACGAUACGUCAGUCGAGACGUCAGUCGUGCAUACAAUCGACAUUGCACGAGGUUUACACAGUGUUUGAAGUGAAGCUCGCUCUUAGUCUGUAUGCUGAUAAGCGGUACGUCAUAUCCAAAUCGGUCGCUACUCUAUCUUGGGAACAUUAUAAAAUACUUCUGUGUGUUGUAGUUUUUAUUGUAAUAAAUAAAGAAAGUUAUAAUA